UUAAAAGGAGCGAGUUAAUAUAAAUGUGACAUAUAUACGUACGUAAAUAUUUACCAUGUAUAUUUUUUUGUUUGUAAUGUACUGAGGUACAAAAUGAUGAACUUGAUUAUGCGAAUGUACAAUGCAGUAAUUAUUUCUUUGCAAUAUUAAAAGAAAUGGGGAAGAGUGUGUGUAACACUUUAGCUUUAAGUCUCUUGCUUUCACCCACUCUCACAACUUCUGAGUAGCAAGUCAGUUUGCUAAACUGACGUUCACUUCCUGGAUCAGCGGUAGAUCCGCGCAGGAGCCAUUUGAAUCUAUGUGCGUGUCUUUGCUUGACAUCCAUUCCAGGUAUUCUGAGCUAUCAUGUCGUGCCUUUGCUAUUUGCAAGUUUUAAUGUUAGUUUCUUGUUCGAUAUUGGUUUUGUGCUCUCAAACAUUCGAUAAUGAUUAUCACGAAUGUGCGCGUCCUUGUUUCGACAAAACAUCUUCGAAGAAAACGUGCGUCUAUCAUUUCUUCGUCAGAGAAUCUUAUAGUCUAAGCUUUUGCAACAAAUUCAAGAACGAGACGUCCACGUGCGCAAAUAUCAUCACCGGACGGAAUCGUCUGAUAAUUAAUGGGAAAAGCCCAGGACCAGCUAUAGAAAUUUGUCUUGGAGACACACUAGAGGUUCUUGUUUACAACAAAUUAGGGAGUGACGAACUGGCCUUUCACUGGCACGGGAUCCGACAAAAGGGUUCUAAUCACAUGGACGGCGUGCCCAUGAUAACACAGUGUCCUAUCUUACCUUUCACUGGUUUUCGCUACACGAUAAACCCCGAUAGCACAGGAACGUAUUUCUACCACGCUCAUUCAGUAUCGCAACAGGGCGACGGAAUAUACGGGUCGUUAACAGUUCGAGGACCGCAGGACAAUCCUACUCUGGAAAGGAUACUCGUACUGUCAUCAAGGCCGUCAACUCCGCUGACACGGCAAUCAUACCUGUAUCCACCCACACCGAGCGAGCUCCUCGUAAACGGCCAGGAACGGGAAGCGGUAGUACAAGUGAAACAUGGGUUUCCUUAUUUACUACGUCUCAUCAAUGCCAUCGCUCACGACUGUCCCAUUUUAUUGUCCGUCCAUGGACACUCUCUUCACGUACUGGCUGCUGAUGGCAACCCUGUACAAUCGAUGAGGGGCACGCAUGUCGUUUUGUUUCCAGGCGAAAGACUCGACAGCAUUCUAAUGACGGAUAAGGCGGUCGGCAAGUAUGCUCUCGACAUACAAGGCCUUCGAGAUUGUCGAGAUUUACGUCACGAGGCGCACAUUUUGUACGAAGAUGCCGACGUGGAUUCGCACACGAUAAAAGCAACUGAUAAGUUUCACGAUCAAAUGUUUAACGUCAUUGAAAGUGGUCAUGACUGUCACAGAGCAUCGAAAAAUGUUAUUUGUUCGUUGGACUUGAAAAGCAAAGAAUUUUCUCAAUUGGAAGAAAAGGCAGACGAAACAAUCUAUGUGUCUGUCGACUCGAAUGCUUUUUCGAUUUUCACAGAUGAGAUGACGGACAAGUCUUACAACAUCUAUGUUUCGAAAUACUAUCCAGCGUAUUUGAGUUUAGACAAAGACGUAAAAAAAAUACCACAGAUUAAUGGCAUGUCUUUCAAAUAUCCUUCAUCUCCGAUAUUAGCGCAACCAGAAGAUGCGUUCAGAGAAUUAAUUUGCUCUCUUGACAAACGUUCUAGCCAAUGUGCCGACACACCGUUGUUUUGCGAGUGUUUGCAAAUUGUUCAAGUGCCGUUGCAAAAAAUAAUCGAAGUUGUAUUAAUAAACGAAGGUUUUGGAGGCAAUGUGUCUUAUACGUUUCAUUUGCAUGGUUACAACGGUAGCGUCGUGGGCCUGAAGAGUUUUGACAGGCCUAUUGCCAAAGAAGAAAUUGUAUCCUUAGAUCGUGAUCAGAAAAUCCAUCGGAAUCUGAGAAAUCCGGUGCGAAAAGAUACUUUCGUGACACCAAACAAGGGCUAUAUUAUUCUUCGGUUUUACACCGACAAUAUAGGUUAUUGGUUGUGGGAAGCGAGAAGUACUGCUAUAUAUCCACAACUCUUUGGACCUGGCAUACAAUUUCUAAUGAGAGUCGGGCUCCAUCGAAACUUGCCGCCUCUACCAAUCGAUUUUCCUACUUGCGGCAAUAACAAGGGCAUGGACUUGAUAUUCGAAACGAGCUAAUAUACAUUCUAUUAUCUGAUUUCUCUUUUAUAUUAUAUAUAACUACCGUCAAGAGAGUGAGAAAAAUGUAUAGUACAAGAAUAUAAAUAGUAUUGUUAUGAAGCAGUUGUUUAUUACUAGAUAAUUAUAAUUUAUGUUGCCAAUAUUAUUGUUUUCUCAAACAAAAGAGUAAAGGUGUAUAAUAAAAAAUAUACUUUUUGAUACUGAAUUAUCGAUGUAUAAGUAAAAUACAUGUGAAAGAAAAGAUUACAUAACCUUUUUACAAUGACCUUGACCUUCGCAUAUCUCAAGAUUCUGAUCUUGAGUAAAGCUUGAAAGUUUAGGACAUAUGAGCUACGCCAAUUGCAUCAAGUGCGUUAAGUAACUUUGUAAUAUCUACUGAUUGUUAUUAUGUGGUUGAUAAAUAAUAUAAAAAUAACUAUUUCAUAGUUAACUUAUCUUGCUCGUCUAUACCUAGUUUGUGUUACGAUGAUCAACGAUGAUUGUUAGUGC